AUGGGCGAGGUGAAGAUCGGGGAGGGGCAGGAGGAGGCGUGGACGGCGGGCCUUGCUACAUGCGCCGGCGUGGCCAUGACGAUCAUAAGUUCCAAGCACGGGAAAAUUGAAUACAAGAAGGUCGUCGCACAUAUCGUCCCGGACUUUGGCAAAUGGGCCUUGGACAGGAGAACCGACGGGGAAGACUGGGUCGAAAUUGGCUGGCGCAAGCAGCUCGACGAGCUAAAGAAGCUCUGGCACAAGGUGGAUGGGGGUCACGGCGAUGAAGUGCAGGCCGUCAUCAACAUGGUGGACCUCAGUCAGUGGGCCGAGGGCAACAUGGGGCCUUUCCCCAAGAAGGACAGGCCCAUGAAAGACGUCGUGAAGGAGGCCUACGACGUGCUUAUCGAGGAGGUCAAGGAGCUCGUUGGGUUCGCGCCGCAGAUUGUGAGACACGACUGGGCUAGAUUGGAGUGGCCAUUGAACUCAAUCUGUGCUUCGCCAACGAACGAGAUCUGGGCAAAUGGCGAACUCGUGCCAACUUCCAAGGAGACAGGAAACUAA